AUGGAGACCCCCCCCCCGCAGCAGCAGCAGCAGCAGCAGCAGCAGCAGCUGCUGGAGCAGCAGCAGGAGGCCGCCGCGGACUUCGAAGACGAAGUCGUCGCCUCCUUCGACAGCCUCCCCCUCAACGAAAAACUACUAAGAGGCAUUUACUCCUACGGCUUCGAAAAGCCCUCCGCCAUUCAAAUGCGGGGCAUAAAGCCAAUUAUUGACGGCCACGACACCAUCGGCCAGGCGCAGAGCGGGACGGGCAAAACGGCGACUUUUGUGAUAGCGGCGCUGCAGAAGAUUGACUACGACAAGCCGGCGUGUCAAGUUCUUAUUUUGGCGCCUACGAGGGAACUCGCGCAGCAAAUUCAAAAG